AUGAGGAAAUGUUUGCUGGAUAAACAUUACCCUCUGGUUUAUACCAAUUCAGAUGUUAUUGUUCUUCUUGUUGUUGCUUUGGGGAGUAUUGCCAGUAGGCAAGAGCCCCUUCCAGUGCCUCAAGUAGAGCCAUUUGAAGGAUGGACAGAAACAGAGAUCGCAAGCGCAGUACGACAGAACAUUGAGGCAAUACCUGGGCUAAAGUAUUUUGUACUGGCCCUCGAAAUUUUUCGCAUCAUGACAGAUAUCGACCCACUUCAUAAGGUCCAGAUACAUCUGCUCAUAGCGCUCUACGCCGAUCAGAUUAUGCUCCUUUCAAUCAGGCAUGGCCACAUAUUACGGGCUUGCCAGGGUUGUAUGCCAUUGAUGAGGAAGGUUGUGUCUGGAACAGAAUCGCAGGAAAGAACUCUGCUUGUCAAGUGCGCGUUCCUCACCUGUGUAAUGUUGGAAAGAGAUAUCUCGACUGUACUAGAAAUUCCUCGCAGCGGAAUUUCUGAAUACUUCGAUACUAUAGCUACUGAAGUGUUUCCAUCACUGGAACAUUGGCAAGGAUUUGUUAAUCCAAAAUACAAAGAAAUCAUGCUUUGUUACCAGUCGGCAAAUCUUGCUCUGAUACAGUUCUCACUUCAAUGCCAGCACAAUAAGGACUCUGCUAAGGCAACAGCGCGAGAACAGAUGGACACCAUCCUCAAGGAAUUAGAGUCUUGGAAGGCCAAACAACCCACUUGGACUAAAUGGAUCGAAAAUGACGAAUCACCUCCUCCCUCGGAUUCAUUUACCGCAAUUCUUUGCCUGAGAUACUUUUACGUCCAGCAUCACGCCCGUUUUCCUUUUGUCCACCAGUAUGUUCAUUCGGGGCCUCCUGGAGAUCCAGACACAUAUUGGGAGGUUGACAUACAAGCCAACGAAUGCAUCAGUACGGCAUGGAGAUUUUUUGAUAUUAUGGAUCGUCAGAUGGGAAAGCCAGAGCUGACCUUUCCCAACCUUGUUGGUUUCCUUCAUAUGCAGUUUGGAAUGAUCCUGUCGGUUCUCUCUCUGCAGAAGGAUUGGCCACGCUAUGGUUUUGAUAAAUACGAACUUGCCGACCGUCUAGGAAAGGCGAUCAGCUUUCUGCGGAAAUACAGGCACUAUUCACCUCUUCUAUACAAAGACGCUGAGAUUUUGGACUUUAUCAGUGAUGACCUUACCUAA